UCAGCGUCGUUGCUGUUUCAAAGCUCUGAUUGUCUCUGUUUCUGUAACGUCAAAGUAGGCUGUGAAAAUGGUGAUGAAAGUGGCGGUUGUUUUUGUUUUUCUUGUCGCUGUGCGUGCGGUUAAUGGUGCUGAUAUCGUUGUUGGCGGCGAUUCUGGGUGGAGUCAGGGGUUUGAUUAUGAUACCUGGGCUGCAGGGCAAGCUUUUAAAGUUGGAGACUCGUUGGUGUUCAAUUAUGGUGGGAGUCACUCAGUGGCGGAGGUGAAUGAGGCAAGCUACAAGGCGUGUUCGUCAACCUCGGUGAUUAGAUCUCACACUGGCGGAAGCACGUCGAUUCCUCUGUCUGCGACAGGGCCAAGGUACUUCCUCUGUCCGACACUGGGUCACUGUUCCAGCGGCAUGAAGCUUCAGAUCAAUGUUGUGGCUGCCAACGCCACCCCAACCCCACCCGGCACCACCCCACCGGGCAACACCCCACCGGCUAACACCCCACCGGCUGACACCCCCCCGUCGCCUCCAUCUCCAAGCGCAGGCUCCUCUGCUUUUAUCAGUCUCAAGCAGUUGAUCUCUGGGGCUUCCAUUGCCUGCUUCGCCGCCCUGUUUGUUCUAUGAGCGUGAGCGGCUUGGGAAGAUGCAGUGCUUGGCUUUCUUUCUAUAUUUGAUUCAAUAAUUUGUGAUCCCUGUUAGUUUUUGUUAUCUAUUUGGUUGGAUUCAUGUUGCUUAUAUUCACCCAAGAGUUCCAUAAGAACACACCAACUCACCCCACUUAAGGUGUAAAAGAGGUGUUCCUGUUAUGAUCUCUUUUCUUCCCGUGUUUCAUAUUCUCAUAUAAAUUAAAUUUUUAUA